UAUUAUGUAUAAAAGCGAAAGUCCAACUCCAAAGGCAUUAGCACACGAUCCCAUGACGGAAGAAACGACGACAACCAUCAUGGCAGCACUUGCCACCCUCACCCAAUCCCAGCUCUCAGAUCUCACCGCCUCCAUCUCCUCCGACGUUCACCUCCACCGCCGCCGCCUCUCCGCCGUUCUCUCCUCCCCACAUCUCUUCUCCCUCACCCUUCAACGCCUCCGCCUCCUCUCCCUCCCCGACAAGACCCUCCUCAUCGCCAAACACCUUCUCUCCUCCCUCCACCACCUUACCCUCCACUAUAACAAGUGUCACUCCGCCGUACUCAAGCCCCGUGACCUCGAUGCCGUCCUCGUCCUCCUCCUCCUCUGCGAUGUCCGCCAACACAGCCCCGAAGCCCUCGAAACUCCGCCGUUUCGAUGGCGGGAAGUCCUCGGCAGCGUCUACGCGAGGGGGAUGCUGAGUACGGCCGGGUACGGCAUUGGAUCGGCGGCAGCGCUGCUUCCGUACAUCGAGACGGCGGCGAGGUGUCUGAGGUUCGUGGGGAAUUAUAAUGUUAAUAGUAAUAGUACUGUUGUCGGGAGAGAGACGGCGGCGACAGUGGCGGCAGUGGUGGCGCUGCCGUCGGUGGGCGGCGGAGGAGGGGAGGAGUGCGUGAUAUGUAGGGAGGAGAUGAGGGAAGGGAGGGAUGUGUGUGGGUUGCCAUGUCAGCACAAGUUCCAUUGGAGGUGUGUUCUGCCGUGGCUGAGGAGGAGGAACACGUGUCCCUGUUGCCGGUUUCGGCUUCCCACUGAUGAUGUGUUUGGGGAGAUCCAACGGCUGUGGGACAUCGUGGUCAAGAUGAGUGGGGUAGGCAAGGAGUUGAUCAGUUGAUAUUCUAAAAUUCUUCUUAUAGAUUGAUUACACGUGUCGCGAUCCGAUGGCAUGUGGGCCAUGAUGGGGUGUGCGACUGUAAUAUCUUGGUUAGUUGUAGAUGUAUAUGGUGGUGGACUAAUGGUGCAAGAUGAUUGGGCUCUCUAUUUUUGGACUGAUAAAGACACCUAUGGUUCUGGGUAUGGAUGAAUCAGCAGUGUAUUCUGGAUUUUUCUUUUUUCUUUUUUUCUUUUUUGGGUUUCCUUUUCUUCUCUUUGUAUUUUGUCUUUUGAUAGAAACAUUGUAAUAAUCUAUAUUGACGUGGGAUUUCGUAGA